AUGCACGUCGGCAAUCUGCUUCCGCUGAUUGUUUUGCUGCAUAGUGCCUUAUAUGGCCAUACAGCUCUGGUGCUUGUUGGCGGUGCGACAGGUACGGUGGGUGACCCGUCAGGUCGUUCCACCGAACGCCCUGCCUUAAAAGCGGAGCAACUACAGCAGAAUGUUGCAGGAAUUCGAGCCCAGAUGAUUCAAUUCUUUCAUAACGCGGCCAAGUAUCUUGAGCGCCGCGGCAAAAUAGUGCCAGAGGCGAGUAUACUGGCAGACGCAGCGGAGGAUCGUGCUGGUAAUCCCUUAUUUCGGCGUGGCAUGGAUAUUCGAAUACUAGAUAAUCUAUCUUGGUUCCAAAACGUGUCGUUCCUUGAAUUUUUAAGGCGUGUCGGACGCUUUGCGCGUGUAAAUGACAUGGUUGCGCGCGACAGUGUAAAAACGCGACUUGGACCAGUAGACGGCGCCGAGCGAAGCGAUGCACCUGGCCUUUCGUUUACUGAGUUUGCUUACCAGUUGAUGCAAGCGCACGACUUUUCUGUUUUGCAUGAUAAUCCAUGGCGCUGCUCUGUCCAGGUUGGCGGCUCGGAUCAAAUGGGCAAUAUUAGUGCAGGCAUCGAUUUGAUCCGACGGCAACGAGCAGCAAACAAUCCAAAAAGUACAAUGAAGGAUGAUCCAGCUUAUGGGCUCACUAUACCCCUUCUUACCACCGAAUCCGGAGCGAAAUUUGGCAAAUCUGCGGGCAACGCUGUCUGGAUAAGCAGCGAAAAAUGUUCCGACUUGGACUUUUAUCAAUACUUUAUCCGAAGCGCUGACGCAGAUGUUGCAAGGUACUUGCGCUCACUCACGCUUCUUUCUCAGUCAGAGAUUGAGGAGAUUUUGGAGGAACACGCCAAGGACAAGUCAAAGCGGAUUGCACAGACAUGUCUUGCGGAAGAGAUGACAGAGCUGGUACGCGGAGAUGACGCCCUCCAGCGUGCACAACUUGCGACACAGAUUUUGUUCAGCAUCAAAGUGCGCGACCUGACGCUGGAUCAAGUACGGUUUGCUUUUGACAAGGAUCCGCGGCUGAUGAAGCGCGCCGUCUGCUACUUGGUGGAGGACUUUAUGUCAAUGGAGUACAAGUCAAAGACCCUCAAGCCAAACUGGACACUGAGCAGCUGA